AUGCCCAGUGUGUUGAGUGACGCUGAAAGACCGAGACAACCAGACGCUUCAAAGAUGCAACUCGAAUGCUUGGAACUUGCGGGUUGCACUCUCGAUCGGUAUAUCAGUGCCGACAAUUCCCGCCCUUCGUUUCUUGAGAUAACUGGUAUAGCAGCCCAAGGAAGUCCAACAUGCAGUGGUCUAAAUGCAGGGGACUACAGGAAUUUAGCAUCACUGCUAAAUCAUCCAAAUUUAUCGCUUUUGAAAAUAUUAAACAAAGUUCCUCUGCCCCCAGAGAUAAUGGAACACUUUGCUCAUAUGCAAUGUCAUUGUUUAAUGGGAGUGUUUCCAGAAAUUAGCCGAGUAUGGCUUGCUAUAGACAGUAAUAUAUAUGUAUGGGCCUUUGAGCAUGGCAGUGAUGUGGCCUAUUUUGAUGGUCUAGGUGAAACUAUUGUUAGUGUUGGCCUCGUCAAGCCUAAAUCCGGUGUCUUCCAGAGUUUUGUAAAAUAUUUACUAGUUCUUACAACUACAGUUGAAAUUGUUGUAUUAGGAGUCACAUUUUCGAGUAGUAAACAAGAUGGUAAUGCAGAACUUGAAGAAAUUCAUCUUGUCCCAGAACCAGUAUUUGUUUUACCUACUGAUGGUGUUUCUAUGCUAUGUGUAAAAUCUACAUCGAAAGGGAGAAUAUUUAUGGGAGGAAAGGAUGGCUGCUUAUAUGAGAUAACUUAUCAGGCACAAUUAGGUUGGUUCGGAAAACAUUGCAAGAAAGUGAAUCAUUCAACCAGUGCAUUGUCAUUCCUAGUCCCUUCAUUCCUCAAUGCUGCACUAUAUGAUGAAGAUUCUAUAGUUAAAAUUGAAGUUGAUAACUCUCGUCACAUUCUAUAUACAUUAAGUGAAAAAGGAUGUAUAGAAGUGUUUGAUUUAGGCAGUGAUGGUGAGGGAUUUAGUAAAGUGGUGAGAUUGAAUCAAGGGAAAAUUGUAUCAUCGUCUGUUGAUAUUGUCAAAACACUGGAGCCUAAUAAUUUUAAGCCAGUUAUAGCAAUAUCAGCUGUAGAUGAGUCAGAAUCUGAACAUUUGAAUUUGGUUGCUGUCACACAAACUGGUGCAAGAUUAUAUUUUAGCGCUGGGACUGGAGACUCCAGUCAAGGUGGACCACAGAGGCCUCAGUACCUUACAUUGCUACAUGUAAGACUUCCUCCUGGUUUUACACCAAAUGCAUCAGUACUAAAACCCAAACAAGUGCACAGUGCAGUAUAUGAUAAUGGUACCCUAGUGAUGGUAUGUUCGUCCAGUGGUGGUGAAGAGGAAUCAUUGUGGUGUUUAUCCCGAGUUCUAUCAGCGGCUGGCUUCAGUGAGGCUCACACAGCCCUACCAUUAGACGGACCGGCCUGGGCUCUCACACCACUACCACCAACACAUUCAGACUUUUUAUCUCCAGCGCUGCUUGCUAAAAGAGAGGUGUGGUCGUCGUCUCGUUGGGCGGUGGUGAGUGCUUGGGGCGCCGCGGUGUUAGCGACGGGUGCGGCGCCGGAUGUAUUACGAGCUCUGUUAAGGGACUAUCGCGGACCAGAUGCACAACCUGUUAAGGAUAUGUUUCAGCUCCACGGCAUCGACCAGGCUUGUGCGUGUGCACUUUACUUAGCGUGCGAGGAUACUAGUGACAUGACAGUGAGCGAGUGGGCGGCGCGGGCGUUCUUCCUGUACGGCAGUCAAGUAGCACCUUCACCGCUAUACCAACAGACAUCACAAAUGCCUUCUAUUAAUUCACCGAAAUUCUCACCACGUCAAGUAUCAACACCAAUGUCAACGAGACCCCAGGACCAAUUACGUAUGAACCAAAUGAAUCAAAUGAACCAAAUGAACCAGUCGUACCAACAGCAGCAAAUGAACCAAUCGAUGGCAGUUCAGAACCAGUCCAUGAUGCCCUCCUACCAACAGAAUAUGAUGAGUCCCACACCAUUCAACCAAUCGUCGUUUAACAUGACCCAACAGCCAAGGGACAACUUCCCUCUACAAAUAGAAUACAGUGCAAAACAUAACGGUGUAUAUAUUUACGUCGGUAGAAUCCUGAGUCCCAUAUGGAAUUUGAAAUGUGUAACGAAGUCAAUGACACCGGAUAAUAAGGAAUUUAUGUCGAGUAAUGUGACGGGCGAAGACUGUGCAUAUAUAGCGAAGAAGUUGCAACGAGUGUCCGCUUUCAUGCAACGAGUGGGCGCGCCGCCUCAUACAGAAGAACAGGCAUCUUUACACGCGUUGAAAAUGUUCAUUACUAUGGCAAUUGAGAUGUUGAGCUUAUGGAAAGUUUUGUGCGAGCAUCAAUUCCAUGUAAUAGCUGCGAGUCUACCGUCUGAACAACAAACGGCCUUACAAGCAGCAAGUUUCAGAGAACUGCUAGUUGGUGGACAAGAAGUGGCAUGUCUUCUCCUUGGAUCUCUUGUGGCUGGCUAUUUGAGAGAUAAUGCAUCAGUUGAUGGCAUCUCACAGAAACUAAGGCAGCUCUGCCCAACGCUAUACAGACAGGAGGAUGCUACUUGUUCUAAAGCCAAUGAAUUGUUAAUAUUCGCCAAACAACAGAAGAAUCCUGAAGAACGAGAGGAAAUGUUACAUCAGGCGUUAAAACUUUGCAAGGAUGUGGCGCCAAAUGUUAAUUUACCGCUAGUCUGUUCGAAACUUGUAUCAGCAGGGUUUUAUACUGGCGUAGUAGAACUGUGUGAGGCCUGUGCCAGUAAGUUAGACCCACAGGAUAAAGCUGUGUAUUACUACAAGAGUGAUCAACCCUCACAAGAUAGGGAGGGACAUUUGGCUUAUUAUAGAAGAAUGGAGAUAUACCGUGAAGUAUGCUGUGCACUGGAGCGACUGUACGAACGGAGUGCUGAAGGUACCGGCACUCCGCCCUCAGACACACACGCUCUGUCACCAGCAGAUGCAAACUACCAGGGUAGGAAAUUGGUGUGGGACUGUUUAUGCCGAGACGAUGAGCUAUUACACGUCGCGGUGUACGAAUGGCUGGUUUCUAAAAAUUUGGGCUCAGAACUGUUGUCUUUACCGGGUGCUCCGCCCGCGUCGCUUCGCACGUACCUGACUGCGGCGGCCCGUAGUGCGCCAGCGCCAGCUGCCCUACUUCUUCUCGACCUUCUGUGGAAGGUACUGGAAAAAGCUGGGGAUCAUCUGGCAGCGGCGAACGUUCUGGAGGGACUUGCUACUAAACCUGGCACGGGCGCAACUCUAAGUCAGCGUAUGUCGUGGGUGUCGGCGGGUGUGGUGUGUGUCCGCGGUGCGGGCGGGCGGGCGGCGGGCGGCUCGGAGCUGCUCCGUCGGCUGGAGGAGGCGGCGGAGGUGGCGCGAGUGCAGGCGGCCGUGAGAGCUGCCAUGCGCUCCGUCCACACUACCGCCCCACCUCACUUGCUUCAACGGUUGGAUGAUGAGCUGCUAGAGAUCACUCAGCUCUACGAAGAGUAUGCCGACCGUUAUAACCUGUGGGAGUGUAAGCUGGCAAUAGUACAAUGUUCCGGUCACAACGACGCCUUACUCGUGGAAAAUAUUUGGAGCAACAUUUUAGCUGAAGCGGAAGCCGCUACCCGUAACCUGCCGACGCCUGAUGAAAGACUGGCUUCAGUACUGAGCAAGCUAACCACACUCGGUCGGGAAUACGUUAAUACUGGUCAUUGCUUCCCACUGUAUUUCAUCGUGCGACAAUUAGAAAUAAUGAAUUGCAAGUUGCAAGCCGAUAAGAGCAUGGUAUUUAAAGCUAUCUUGAGUAUCGGAGUGUCGUUGGAGCAGGUUUUAGAUAUUUAUAUCAAAUUGGUGAGUGUGAACGAGCGUGUAUGGCUUGGCUGUGGCGAUGAGUCGCAUGUUUGCGCCUGUGCUGCUCUGCUGCUGAACGCUGCUCGUGCCGAUCUGUUGCCUCUGCCGCCAGCGCCGCGACGAAGAGCCCUAACUCGCUGUAAGGAUCUGCAUGAAGCAGCUUUAUCCGCGCUACAGAGCCGUCCGAACACACAACACCUCAUUGAUAAGUUAACAGUUGCGCAGGCGCAUCUCGAUCGAAUGGAUUGA